AUGAAAGCUGACCGCCUUUCGAUUCGAUGGCUUGACACAUUCUAUUUCAAAGGAGACGAUGUUUUACAGAGGCAGACCACAACAAAUAGUUCAUGGAUUUUGAAGAAAAUUGUGAAACACAAGGAAGCUUUGAGCACGAGUAAGCAUUGGUUAGAAGCGGCAACUACCGGCCAUUACAAAAUUGGAGCUGUGUACAAAGAUUUGAAUGGUGAUAUGGAACAUGUCAGUUGGAAGAAGAUUUUGGUUGAUAACCAUGCUGAACCACAAACGGGUUUCACAUUGUGGAUGGCGCUUAUGAAACAAUUGCCCACAAAAGAGAGAUUACUUAGGUUUGGUAUUAAUGUGGACUUAAAGUGCUGCUACUGCGAUAACAGUGGAAACAUACAACACUUUUUCUUUGGCUGUAGCUACAUCAAAGAUAUCUGGAAGCAAAUCCUUCGAAAACUUAAGGUGAAGCAUCAACCACUUGCUUGGGACCAAGAGGUGGAGUGGAUUACCAAAGAGACAAAGCCAAAAGAGGCGCAAAGAAUGAUUUUGAAGCUUGCCUUUGCGGAAACUGUGUAUGAGAUUUGGCACGAAAGAAAUGAUAGGGUAUUCAAGAUAUGA